CACGAGCAGCUUCUGCCAAACGGCGUUCAACGGCCGAGGGAGAAACACGAGGAAGAGGUGUCAUCCGAGGCGAUCCUAAAGAGGAAUCCUCGUAAGAAGUUCAGCGUUUCUUCCAUCAGUGGUAGCGUCUUCGUGGCUAAUUACUCUCGAAGGUGCCUCGGCCCGCACCGAAAGUUCGUGCGAACGUUUCCAUCCGGACGCUAUGGAAACACGAAGCGAGAAGCAAAAGAUGCAAUACGAAUUUUGAAGAAAUCCAGCAAGGGACAGGAGGAAGCACGUGGAAAUGCUGCACGGCGCUCUACCGAGGGCCUUCCUGGCCCCAGGUCUUAGCUAUAUGAGCUAUUAUAGCGAAGACAUUCAUCAUCCAGCCUACGUAGCACCGCCGACCACGUGGCACAUUCCGAUGGACGAUCCGUCCUCGCCGAUCUACUCGCGGAUUCCACCAGCCGAGCAUCACGCGUCUUUGCAGUCCUGGGAGUCUUCGAGAUCCUCAACGCCGUGCCCCUUGGAUCUAUCUUUGAAACCGCCACCAACGCCGAACACUCCGAAGACGGAAGAGAUGAUCGAGGUGGGUGAUGAAAAAGAUCUCAGAAUCCGCGAGGAAAUCCAAGCUCGUCCUGAAAGAGAUAGCGAGGAAGAUCAACAGCUGGUUAUCGACGACUUGGACACUUUACGCAGCUCUUCGGCGCAAAGUCAUCAAAGUCAGUACGAACGUUUGAUGCUUAAUAAAGAAUCGUCUCGCUUCCACGACUCGAUAGUCGACAAGAUCCACCAUCUUCCCGAAGAGAGCACUCGACUAUCGCCGUAUCCCGGAAAUGAACUCGCCUCGAAGUACCAGCUGCACAAUCAGAAGCUCCUUCUAACGAGUCCGACACACAUGCAAUCAAUGCAGAGUUAUCAUCAGCAAUUUCUUUUAACGCCGCAGCAACAUCUUCAGAGCGUGCACGCACCUAUGACGCCACCCAGCACACCAUCGCCGCCUCAGUGUCCCAGGAGGAGAGUCCGAGAAGAAGAUCUCAUUUCACCGUCUUCCGGAUCCGCCUCCAUGUCAACCCCGAAACAGACCAACAACGAAAAGACCGCCGCCCAAAGGCCUAAGAAGAAACACGCCAGACGGCUCAAAUUCGACGAGGAUACGAGCAGUCCGGUAUCAGGCACUGUGAUCCUAGGCCCGGACGAAGCAGUAGUGACCGGCGACAUCGAUCCCGCCUUCAAUAUCGUCGAGGUCACGGAGGAAGCGCGUGCUGAAUUGGCCAAGAUCGAGAAUCGGCUCGGACCAUACCAGUGCAAGCUUUGCCGACAGCUUCACGAGGACGCCUUCCAGCUAGCGCAGCAUCGUUGUUCCCGAAUCGCCCACGUGGAGUAUCGUUGCCCCGAGUGCGACAAGCGGUUCUCUUGCCCGGCUAAUUUAGCGUCUCAUCGACGUUGGCACAAGCCCAGAUUGCCUAACACUGACAAUUCCGCGUCGUCCGCGACGUCGUCGCCCUCUUCGUCAUCAUCUUCGUCAUCGGGGACCAGCACGGAGAUUCCUUGCACCAGAUGCGAGGCUAAAUUCACCAGGCAAGCCGCCCUGCGGAAACACCUGGCCACUCAGCAUCCAGAAACCAACAACAACGUCAGUAACAGCAAUAAUAAUAAUACUGUUAUCGAUGGCCAGGAAACUAUCGGCAAAUCAGACAUCGCUCAGACAGCAGCGACCAGCCAGGUGACCAACGAGAUGACCUGACAUCAAUUUCCGGCGAGACCCCUGCCGAGACGACCCGGACUAUACUGGAGAUUCGGUCUUGAUUUGUAAGAGACACGGCUUUCGUAACUGUGAGUACACAAUCAAAACGCUCCGCAUGCUCGUUCUAAUAAUAAAAAAAAAUAAUGAAGAGAAAAAAGGGAAAUAUAAAAAAAAAAUAAAUGUGAAAAGGAGAAAGAGUAUUAUUGUUAUUGUUAUUAA